ACCCGAAAGGAUAUCUGUUCAAAAAGUUGCGUGCAUUUAAUGACAAAAAUAAUGUACCUGUAGUAAGACGACGAACAUUCGAAAUACUUUUUAAACUUCUAAUUCUACUUUACAUUUCGUAUUAAUCGAAAGACGACAUUUCCAUUGAAACAUGGAUGGAAGGAAAUUGUCAACGGCAGGGGAUUCCCUAUACCAGAUUUUAGAGAUUCCAAGUACUGCCACACCUGAAGAAAUUAGAAAGACUUAUAGAAAAUUAGCAUUAAAAUAUCAUCCUGAUAAAAAUCCAAAUAAUCCAGAAGCUGCAGAGAAGUUUAAAGAAAUAAACAGAGCACAUGCUAUAUUAACAGAUUUGACAAAACGUAACAUAUAUGAUAAUUAUGGGUCUCUUGGAUUAUACGUGGCUGAGCAAUUUGGGGAAGAAAAUGUUAAUACCUACUUUGUUCUUACUUCUGGUUGGAGUAAGGCAUUCUUUGUACUUUGUAGUGUGAUGACUGCGUGUUACUGUUGCUGUUGUUGCUGUUGUUGCUGUAACUUUUUCUGCGGCAGGUGCAAACCAACACCACCAGAGGACAGUGGAGUGUACCAUAAUCUACAGCGGGACCAGAAUCCAGAGGGUGAUGUCGUGACGAAUCAGCCAAGAAGCCAGGCCACCGAGGAUGAAAGCGAUGAGGAUGCGAUUACGGCGCAACCACACGGUGGUCCGCAGAGCAACUCUACGAACCAGCCGAUCUUUGCCAUGCCACCACCGCCAAGCGCAGCCGUUAACGAGAAUACAAACUUAAACAGCGGUGCUGAAAGAGUUAUUUACACGACUGCCGCAUCUACAAAUCCGUUCAUUGGCGCAAACGUGGGUACAACUGGCACGGGUCCUACAAAAUGGUAGUCACGGAAAAUCGAGAAUGUAGUACACACACGAACGUGAGAAGAUUUAUUGCAUAAUUAAUGCGCGGGGUGGAUUUUUGCGUGCA